CACUAUAUAUAUUCAUACUCAUUUCUUUGUUUUUCUUCAAUAACAAGUACUUAAACACCACUAACUUCUCAGAUUUUGUUAUUGUAAUUGUGAUCUACGAUCGUGAUGGGCUCGGUUCGUGAUGAUUCAAACGAGUUGACCAAAACUGAAAAUGUUCUUGAUUAUCAUCAGACAGUGAUAACUGAAAUUGCUUUGUCUGAAAAAGUGAAAAAUGAAAGUGAGUCUAAGACAGAGGAAGCUGAAAUUCUGUCUGAAAAUGUUCUUGAUCGUCAUCAGACAGUGAUAACUGAAAUUGUUGUGUCUGAAAAAGUAGAAAAUGCAACCGAUAUCGAGAGAGUGGAAGCUGAAAUUCCGUCUGAAAACGAGCAUAAUCAAACUCUUGUGAAGAAAAAUCCUGUAAUUGUGUUUGUUUUAGGUGGUCCUGGGGGAGGAAAGAGCACACAGUGUUCCAAUCUUGCAAAGGAAAUAGGAUACACUCAUCUCAGCAGUGGUGAGCUUCUCCGAAAAGCGAGGAAAUCGGACUUGGAAAAUGGACCAUUGAUAGAGAGCCUGAUCAAGGAAGGAAAAAGUGUUCCUCCGGAUGUAACUAUGAGGAUACUUUUGAAAGCUAUGAGUGAGAGUGGAACUAAUAGGUUUCUUCUCGAUGGGUUUCCUCGCGAUGAUGAGAUUCGUGUUGCUUUUGAGUCUGCUGUCGGAAUAGAGCCGGAAAUGGUUCUGUUUUUUGACUGUUCUGAAGAAGAGAGGGAGAGAAGAAUUCUGAAUAGAGAUCAGGGAAGAGUUGAUGAUAAUCCCGAGUCAAUAAGAAAGAGGUUCAAUUACUUUGAACAGCAUACUCUUCCUGUAGUCGAGUAUUAUCGUGCCAAAGGAAAAGUUUAUCAGAUUGAUGCUGCUAAGCCAAUGGAAGAAGUUUUUGAGACCCUGAAAAGUUUUUUCAGAUCAUUAAUUCAACCUGAUGAAGAAAUUCCGUCAACUAGUUCUGAUUUGGAAAAUGGAAUUUCAGAACUGAAAUUAUGAAUGUUGUUUAAAUUUUCUUCUGGAAGAUGUCACUAAUAUAGCUUAAUGUGCCCAUGAUAUUAGAAACUUUUUGUAAUGCAGGCUUUAAUUCUAAAUUUUAGUCGGCAUUUUUGUUUUAAA